AUGCUGUCCCCCGCCCGCCCCUGCAGCAGCCCUCACCUGCACAGUAUUUUCACGCUGUCGGUGGUGGACUCCGAGGACGGCAGCUUCCUCUACAACAUCUUUGUCACAGACAACCUGAACACCUCCCAGUCGGUGUCCCUGGUGUUUGUCAAGGAUGACGCCAUCAAGACCGCCAUCACCCUCAACGACUUCGACUGGGCAGAUGCCAGCAACGGCGGCUCGCAAGGAAACUUCUCCAAGCAGGCGCUGCUGGACGGCUUGGUGUCACAGGGCCAGCUGGUUGUCACCGAGCUGUUCCCUCUCAUCAUCCUCUCCUCCAACGCGACCACCACCUACGGCAUCUCAGGCCACUUUGUCCCAGUGUGGAACUUCGACCCCACACCUCCUGCCUCGCCGCCGCCGCCACCCCCCAAGGCCCCGCCAACCUUCCCCUUGGUGGGCUAUGGGUAUGUGGCACAGCUCCAGGGAGACCGUGUGCCGGACGAGUCUGUGUUGGAAAAGGCCCCUGUCGGCCCCAAGAUCUUUGCAACCUUCACGUAUGACGACAACGGGGAGUACCAGUGGGACUUGACCCUGGAUGCCGCCUCAAAGGCCCUCCAGCCCACCUCCUUCGAUCUGUACUACGAAACCGACGGCUUCUACAACUUCCUGCUCACCCUGGCCGGAGAUGGGUACAACUUCACUGGCGAAGACCCUCCCUAUGGCACCCUCAACUGGUACACGCUCAACGACGCCGUGCUGCAGCUGGACCUGCCGGACCUGCCUGGCCAGCUGAAUGAGACCAACAAGCUGUGGCUGGUGGUCACCACCCUCGGCGGCUCGCUGGCGGCGCGGUUCAGCGAUCCUGUGGAAGAGCCGGAGCUGCCGCCCACCGACGACACUUUCUUCCUUGCCGACAUUGUGGGCAACGCCACCUUCUCCUUUGGCGUGCCCAAGGACCUCAAAUGGCCCGCCUUUGCCAACUCCCCCGCCACCCAGUUCACGCUGUCGAUAGUGGACACCGAGGACGGCAGCUUCCUCUACAACAUCUUUGUCACAGACGACCUCAACAAGUCUGCCUACCUGGCUCUGGCCUACAAGAACGCCUCCGGCUUCCACGUCGCGCUCAAGCUACCGGUGGACUGGGCCGCCGCCAACGUCGGCGGCGACGUCAACUAUUUCACUAAGGCUGCGCUACGAAAUGCGCUUGUGGCACGGGGCCAGAAGACCACCACCGAGCUGUUCCCUCUUAUCGCUGUCUCCGUCAAUGCAACCGACAAGAGCAUCACCGCCUCCGCGCCCCAGACCACCCUCUCCCAAGCCGCCUCGCCCCCGGCCUCCCUCUCCCAAGCCGCCUCGCCCGCGGCCUCCGCCACGCCCGAAGCCACGGCCCCCGCCGCGCCCGCGCCCAUCGCUCAAGCCUAA